ACAUUUUCUCCGGGCGGCGCGGACGAGUGAAGGGACUUGGUGGUGCAGGCUGCGGAGGCGGCGAGAAUCGCUUUGGGUCUGGCCCGGCUCUGACUAGGACCCUCUGCUCGCCGCCGGGGCUUGUUCUGAGGAGGAGACGGCGGCGGAGGCCGUCGCGUCCCGAGUCACCGCGGCCGGGAGAGUCCCGGCCGGGGGGUCGGUGUGUGCCCCGACGGGGCGCGCGGAGCGGGCAAGGAGCGCAGGUUGCUCUCCUGUUGCAUCUUUGACAUAAUUUCCUCGACUGCUCCAUGAUUUAACCCAAAAGUCUGAAAUGAAGAUGGAGGAGGCAGUGGGAAAAGUCGAAGAACUCAUUGAGUCAGAAAUCCCACCAAAAACAUCUGAACAAGAGACAGCUAAGGAAGAUGGAGCUGUAGAACUGGAAUCUCAAGCUCAGAAAGAUGGUGUAGUGGAUUCUACAGUUCUUUCUUCAAUGCCCUGCUUGCUAAUGGAACUGAGAAGGGACUCUUCCGAAUCUCAGUUAGCAUCCACAGAGAGUGACAAGCCUACUGCUGGCCGAGUUUAUGAGAGUGACUCCUCUAAUCACUGCAUGCUUUCCCCUUCUUCUAGUGGUCACCUGGCUGAUUCAGAUACACUGUCUUCUGCAGAAGAGAAUGAACCUUCCCAGGCAGAGACAGCAGUAGAAGGAGACCCUUCUGGAGUGUCUGGUGCCACAGUUGGGCGUAAGUCUCGGAGGUCCCGAUCUGAAAGCGAAACAUCCACUAUGGCUGCCAAGAAAAAUCGGCAAUCCAGCGAUAAACAGAAUGGUCGAGUCACCAAGGUUAAAGGUCAUCGGAGCCAAAAGCACAAGGAAAGAAUCAGGCUACUGAGGCAGAAACGAGAGGCUGCUGCGCGGAAGAAAUAUAACCUGUUGCAGGACAGUAGUACCAGCGAUAGUGACCUGACUUGUGACUCAAGCACGAGCUCAUCAGAUGAUGAUGAAGAGGUUUCAGGGAGCAGCAAGACAAUCACUGCAGAGAUACCAGGUCAUUUGGAUCCAGGAUUCCUAGCAAGUGACAAAACAUCUGCUGGCAAUGCACCACUUAAUGAAGAAAUCAAUAUUGCCUCUUCAGACAGUGAAGUGGAGAUUGUGGGAGUGCAGGAACAUGCAAGGUGUGUCCAUCCCAGAGGCGGUGUGAUUCAGAGUGUUUCUUCAUGGAAGCACGGCUCCGGCCCACAGUACGUUAGCUCCCGGCAAACACAGUCAUGGACUGCUGUGACUCCCCAGCAGACUUGGGCUUCACCUGCAGAGGUUGUUGACCUCACCUUGGAUGAGGAUAGCAGACGUAAAUACCUACUGUAAUACAGUGUCACUGUGUUUCCUCUGCACUGUUCCCUUCCACUUCCUUCUCUUCCUUGUGACAUGGAAGUUCAUUGUCAUAGCUGCAGCCUUAGAAGCUGUUUGUGGCAUUUGUAUAAUUGAAACUCAUGGAAAAUUGCGCCCCCCCUUCCUUUUUUCUCUCUCUCUCUCUUUUUUAAUUAAAAGCAGUCACUUAGAAAGUAACUUAUCACAGAGAAAAGAAUUUCUUUUCUUUUUCCCUCAGUAGGAUAUGAGAAUGAUGAAUUCUAUUAGACAACUUUGUCUUACUUGGUGACUUUUAAUCUUAAGGAAAUUCUGCCUCCCUUUUAGAAUAAUAUUUAAAUUACCAGGUAAAAUGAAUUUCAGUUUUUGAAUCUUGUAUUUAUUUUUCUGUGUAAUAAACUUACUGUCUAGACUUGACCACCGUCAGCCCACCUAUUGACACUCCCACCUUAGGGCAUUUGCACACGUAUUAGUCAGGUCCUUAUUGGCACCUAGUAGGGCAUGUGCAUUUGAAACCUGUCCUCAAAAAUAGAAGACAGAAGUAUUACUUUUUUCUGAUAGCUCAACUCUUCUGCCUUCCUUCCUUCCUGACUUUGCUCCUGGCUGACUUCCCACAACACAGAUAACCGACAUGUCCUUUUGUGUUUAUAAAUACUGGUAAGGUGACUUGGUUGGUCUCCUUGUUGCAAUAAUUCAUAACUUUGGAAAAUGUUUCCUUUUGGGGCAGAGGCAUUUCCGAUAGAUACCCACAGUGAGGUUUUCUGGGCAUCUGAAGAGAGUAUUUAGAGAUCAGUAGGAUAAUCUUGUUCCCUUAGCUUUUUUCCCCAGUAGUUAAUUCAGAUAAUGGGAGAACAUAGAAACCUGUUACUUGGGUAGAAUAUGAACAUUUGAGUAAUUUCUAAGUUUACAGGCACUUGGAAGUCUGAGAGGAAAGUACCUUCUUUUCUAGCUGGUCUCCAUAAAGGAUGGCACAACAGUUGUUUAACACUUCAGCAUCAGUUGGCCUGAUGCUGUACUUGGGUAUUUUUCUCCUCUACCUUCUAAAAGUGGAGACGUCAACAUACCAUAAGAAACCAGAUACAAAGCACAUUGUUGGGUCUGUAGGUUCUGUAGUACCUACAGGGAAUAGCAAAGGGUAGUAGGAGCUUCAGGGAAUUCAGGAAAUGCCAGUGUUGGAAUUUUGUGGCAUUAGUUACUACCUUUUUUCCUAUAACAUGUUGUAGUUAGCUAGUGAAUUAUUUUAUAAGCAAUAUCUAGAGUUAGAACACUACGUACUGUGCACAGGGAGGAGUGAAAUUAAUAUUUCGGCUUAGAAGACCUCACCUUUUGUUUUACCACCUUUUUUGUUUGCUUUUGUUUCCUUUUUGACCAUGCAAUGUUGAUACAGCCUUUGGCCGCCUCCCCAAAUGCCUUGGUCGCUCUUCCUUAGCAUAAGAGCAUGAGAACAUCAUUUUCACUUUUCAUUCAGUGGACACCCCUUUACCAAGUGCCUGUGGUGUGGAAGGCACUGUGCGGGGUGGGUGCUGUGGCUCUGCUGAGGCAGGCGGCCCCCUGCGUGCGCAUGCUUCAGCGUCUGCCUGGCGCCGCCUGCCUGACCUUUUCUUCUAGUUUUUGUAAAGACUUGUUUAUUCCUCUUCCCUUCUUCCUGAUGCUUUAGUUCUUCCAUAUUACCUCUUCUUCCAUGGGAGUGUAUUGAAGCAUGUGUUCUUUGAUCUUCUCUGAUAACAUCUCAUUUGAUCUGGCCUCUGUUCUUUAUCAACUUUUUUUCUAUCUACUUUUAAUAGAUUAGGUUAUUAAAAGAUCAUGAACCUUGAGUUUUAGUUACUUAUGUGUCACAAUUCUAGACAAAAACCAAAGACCCAGAGGCCAGAGCAAGAUAGGACCUUCUGCAGAUUCACUACUGGUGUUUCCUUGGACCUUCACAUUUUAUUUUAGGAUUAAUUUAUUGAAUUUCACUGUUACAUGUUGUUUUUGACUUGAAUUAAAAUGUUAGACAAAGCAGAAAUGUAUAAUUUCUGGUCUGUGUUUUCCAGGAAAAUCAUUGGGAAAAGCAUAGAGUGAAUUAUAUGACUUGAAGUUUUUGCAGCUUUUCUUUCCCCCCAGUAUCAGGGCAGAGCCCCAUUUUAAAGAAUGUUUUUGCAUUACCUAUUCAUAUAUUAACAGUUGACCAUAUGUUUUGUCCAGUUUCACAUGGCAGGUGAUUUCUCAUGACUUACUUCUUUAACCCUGAUCGCUGUCCUCUAAAGAGAAUUCUUCUGCCGUGCUGUGUGCACUGUGGACCGGGAGCACAAGUGCAGUUGUGACCUUGCUCUGUUUUGGCCUUUUACACCAAGUUACACUUUGCCUUUACCUGUCUCCCUGGUUUAGCACCCUCACUACCAAACUUGGUGCACAACAGACACACAGAAAUUAAAAUGCGGAAAGGGGAAGGGAAGGGAAGGGACAACAGAGACGUGAACCCCUCUUCAAGGGGUGGGGCCUUUCUGCCUGUUAACUAGCUAUAGAGACUGUGUUUCAAUUCUUUCCUUGCUAGAUCCAGAAGAGGGUGGGGGUGUGGUUUCUGGCAAGGUAUUAAUGAUAAAAUACUGUGGUAAACAAUUCCUGUGACAUUAGAAGUGUUUUUUUUUUUAAGGGAUUUUUUUUUUUAAACUAAAGUUUUGUAUUUGGUAGCAAAUGUUUAAUUAUGCUUGCGAGAUAAUGCCUGUUCCAAAUAAUAUCUCUGCUAAAAUGGUGCACUUGGGUCAUAGAUAAGUUUAUGGCACUGAUUUGGUUAAGCCCACCUGUCCUUCCCCUGCAAGCUCCACUUGAAACCACAGAACAGUAACUGCACCAUCACAGCUGCCCCCUAUAGCAUGUGACUGCUGCUCCCCAGUAAUUGUCUCUGCAUUUUGAUAAAAGGGCCCAGACUGAAUGGACUCCAUUAUUCUUUGCAUUGAGCAUCCCACAAACUCUGCAUUAUUAUUAUCAAUUGUGAAUAUGAACUGUCUGAUUUGCUAAUUUAGUCAGUUGUUACUUUUAGCAGAUUAGCAUCAUAGGUGACUUAAAAAUGAGUUUGUUGCCUGCUUUUUAUACUGUGUCACAAGGUUUUUGGAAAAGCUAGGGACAUAAUUUUGUCUUUUAGUUCAGACUUUUUUUUUUAAACAAAAACAAAGAGCCCCUAAUCCUUGUUUUCCAGUAUGUGUAUGAUGUGACUUCCAUGUAUAUAUAAAAUGAUUGCGCCCUAACCAAACUUCCUCAGAUUGUGCACUGUUUGUUUAAAAUAAUCACGUAUUUUAGUCCAAUGCUGUUUUUUUUUCCCAUUUUAUUUAAAACACUACA